AUGGCAUACUUGAGUUGCAACACAGUAUGUCAGUCUAAAUUGGAUGAUGGUAUUCUCGCAGAUGUGUACACACCGGAAUUCCUAAAUGGUAUUCGGGUUUCAGGCAUACCCAAUCACUCAUUGACAUUAAAGAUUGGAUCCCCUGUGAUGCUUUCGAGAAACAUUGAUCACUCACUUGGCCUUUGUAAUGGUACUAGAUUGAUAGUGACCACGCUGUCAGAGCACGUAAUAGAAGAAAAGAUUUCCACAGGUGAUCACUCAAGUACUAGGGUGUUGGUCCCCCGAAUGACCAUGACGUCAUCAGAUCCAAGAUUGCCAUUCAAGUUUAAACGAGGACAAUUCACAUUGAUGCUUUCAUAUGCAAUGACUAUAAAUAAGAGUUAG